GUGAGCAGUCGCUGUGUGGGACGCGGGGCAGCAGCAGCGCGGUCUCCGCUCCCGGUGCGCGGUGACAGCCGGUCCUCCCGGCGCCCGUGUAUGUGAGCGGGACUCGGGGCAGAGGCGUCCCCGCGCUCUUUUUUCUGCCUUUUCUCCCCGAGGAGGGAGCCCGCACUCGCCUGCCUGCCGCCCCUUCGGGAGCGGGCUGGUGUGCGGAGUGGACGCGUGACCAAGACCAAAGACGGCCACGAAGUCAGGUCCUGCAAGGUGGCCGACAAGACGGGCAGCAUCACCAUCUCCGUGUGGGACGAGAUCGGAGGGCUCAUCCAGCCGGGGGACAUCAUUCGGUUGACGCGGGGCCGGCAGAGUCGGGCCCGUGGUGAGGCCCUUACAUUCUGGUUGAAUCUAAGAAAAGUGGCCUUUGAAGAAAGGUAUCCACUUAAAUAGAGGUAUGCAUCCAUGUGGAAAGGGUGCCUGACGCUUUAUACUGGAAGGGGCGGGGAACUCCAGAAAAUCGGGGAGUUUUGUAUGGUUUAUUCAGAAGUGCCAAAUUUCAGUGAACCCAAUCCAGAUUAUCGAGGACAACCGAACAAAGGGGCACAUAGCGAGCAGAAGAAUAAUUCCAUGAAUGGUAAUAUGGGUACAGGUACAUUUGGAUCAGGGGGAAACGGGAUUCAGCCCGGCCCAGAACCACGGGGAUGCCAGUUUUCCUUUGCUGGUAGAAGCAGUGGCCGGGGGCCUGGGACUCCGCAGCCAGCUGGAGCAGCUGGCGGUCAGACGGGCACGGCCACGAUAAGUAAUGGCAGGGACCCUCGGAGAGCCUUGAAAAGAUGACCGGUGCCAAACACCCACAUGUAGUUUGUGAACUACGUGCCCUACUUGAACACUCACUGCACUUUUAUUUGUGGUUAACUGUGAAAGCUUCUUUGUCGGUUUCCUUUUAUGUUGUUGGUUUGUUAACAAGAAUGGCUUGCUUUUAUAGCAAGACGGUUAAGCUGCUCGAGUCUCCUAUGGAAGAAUGGGAACACGUUGAAAAGUAGGGGUGUUGAUUUCUAGAGCCAAAAUGUCUCUGGGUACCCUCAACAGCCUGUCCCCGUCCACGGGGGAGCUACCUAAGACAUCAGCAUUACAGCCUCUGUGAGUCUGUCUUCUGCGGACAGUUUGUAAUAUUUAAAAUAAGGCUUAGUGGGAGCUGUUCUCUGUCUUAAAGUCAGAUACUGCCAACUAAAGUGAUAACCACCAAAAAAAAAAAAAAGCCACCAAAAACUUAAUCAAUGCUAACAGUGAUUUGUGAGUGUCUGUGACUUCUGGAAUGACUGGCUUCUUCACCGAGUGACUGCUGUUAGGGUUUUCCUAGGACUGAAUCAUUCUGAACUCCUGUUUUAUUACCAAAAAACCAUAUUUGUCAGAAUUAUAGACCAGAACCCAAUCUGUAGUAUAACAAGUGAUUUUUAGAAGAAAGCUGCGUUCACUUUAUUUCAGUGACUCUUUGUUAUCAUCGUUGUGCAUUGAUUGCACUGAAGGAAAAUUUGAAGCUGAGGCCUUGAUUAUUUAUUUUUUUGAAACUAUCACGUCAAAUAUUAAAGUAUAAUUUGAAGGUGGUAUAAGCCUAAUAAACAUGGAUCUGAUGAUAAAAAUUAUGGGAAGUAAACACAGGGAAGGCAAUUCAAGUUGAACCCAUGGAGAAAACAGCAAUCUAUGUUACAGGGCCCUAGGUUCUGCAGAAACAGCCAGCCUAGGUGCUGCCUUUAUUUGAAGGGUGUGGUGUGUGUAGUGUGUGUUACGUAUUGUCAAAGUUCCUGAACACAGAUUACAAAGCCUUAUCAGCAAAAGCUAAGACAUGGCUCUCUCAGAAGAGAAGACAGCUUUAUUCAGAAAUGUUAAGAGUUUGCUUCUGUGUUGUAAUCGCUCCCCAGGUCCCCUCUCUAUUGCAGGGUGGAUAACUGGUCAACCUUCCUUUGUGAGAAUCCUACCCUUGAUUAUGUCUUGAAUAAAAGUGUGCAUUCAUGGUAA